CGGGAGGCACCUGAUGUUCUCCAGUGAGCAUGCAUUUUGGGGACAGUGGCCGGAAGGGUUGGAAGCCCAUAAGACACAGGGGGCGGUGGACACCCCGCGUUCCCAGCAGGGCCCGGAGUUUAAUCUGGGGAUGGGAAAGAGCGAAAGACAGCGACGAUGAAGAGGAGGUGGUCCACGUGGAUCGGGACCACUUCAUGGACGAGUUCUUUGAACAGGUGGAGGAGAUCCGGGGCUGUAUUGAGAAGCUGUCAGAGGAUGUGGAGCAAGUGAAGAAACAGCACAGUGCCAUCCUGGCUGCCCCCAACCCAGACGAGAAGACCAAACAGGAGCUGGAGGACCUCACUGCAGACAUCAAGAAGACGGCCAACAAGGUUCGGUCCAAGUUGAAAGCGAUCGAGCAAAGCAUUGAACAGGAGGAGGGGCUGAACCGGUCCUCCGCCGACCUGCGCAUCCGCAAGACGCAGCACUCCACACUCUCCCGGAAGUUCGUGGAAGUCAUGACCGAAUAUAACGCGACCCAGUCCAAGUACCGGGACCGCUGCAAGGACCGGAUCCAGCGGCAGCUGGAGAUCACGGGAAGGACUACGACCAAUGAAGAACUGGAAGACAUGCUGGAAAGCGGAAAGUUGGCCAUCUUCACCGACGACAUCAAAAUGGACUCGCAGAUGACGAAGCAGGCCCUGAACGAGAUUGAGACGCGACACAACGAGAUCAUCAAACUGGAAACCAGCAUCCGCGAGCUGCAUGAUAUGUUCGUGGACAUGGCUAUGCUUGUGGAGAGCCAGGGCGAGAUGAUUGAUCGCAUCGAGUACAACGUGGAGCAUUCAGUGGACUACGUGGAGCGGGCUGUGUCCGACACCAAGAAAGCUGUGAGAUAUCAGAGCAAGGCCCGGAGGAAGAAAAUCAUGAUCAUCAUUUGCUGUGUGGUGCUGGGGGUGGUGUUGGCGUCAUCCAUUGGGGGGACGCUGGGCUUAUAGGCCCCCCACCCCUGUCUCCCCAGACCCUUCCCCCACCACAUUGGGAGCAAUACCCCCACCACCCCUUUCACUCCACUCCCCCUGCUCCAGGCUCAGCCCCAAGACAGACCCAGGCAACCCUCCAUUUCCACCCCCAUCAGACUGGAGUCCCGGACCUCGGCGCCGUGGAUCACCCCGCCCUGCCCAUAAAUAGCAGGCGUGCACACACAUGCACACCAACAUGCAUGCCGCCGGUGCGUGCUCGAGAUGUGUGGACAGCCCAGCGUGCGUGCGUGCGUGCCCGUGCCCGUGCGCGUAGAUGUGUCUGGAGGCGCCGCCUCCCCCUUCUUGCCCUAACCUCAAGUCUGUGUGUUGUCUGAGCUUCCCUCCCCACCCCCCCAUUCACUUGGUUGUUGUGUAGACCGUGGCGGGUAUAACACAGCAACCCACCAAGCCCUGCUCUGUCUUCUCUGUGUGUAUGUGUGUGUGUGUGUGUGUGUGUGUGUUCACACAAUUUGUGUACGUGGACUUUUGUGUUUAUUUGAAUCUAAGGCGACAGCACUUCUCUCACUGAAUCCCCCCCAUGUCUGCUACAAAGGGGGUGCGUUGUGAGUGCACAGACGCUCAUGCUCACAUUCCCAGAGGCUCCAGGCACACCCCAGUGUAUGCAGAGCAAACUUUCCUGGCUUAGUCGCCCAGGCAUGUGUCCUGGGGCGUGUGGUUGUGUGUGUGUGUGUGUGUGCACAUGUGUGUGCCUUGGAGUUCUGCCAAGAUGAGUGGCAGCGUAUACGUUUAAAUAACCGAGCUUGGCUUGUGCAUACAUUUGCAUUUCCCCCAGCAGGUGAUGUGAGAAACGUGCGUGUGUCAGGAUGUGUCUGAAGUGGGGUUGGGACUCCCUACUGCACUGGCCCCGGGUUUGGGUGGCGCAGCCUUUCUGUGCCAUCUAGACUAUGUCCUUAUGUGUGCGUGUGUGUGUGCACGUAGAUGCUUUCUGCGCAGUGUGUUUCUGGCCCCCUGGGUAUUACGUGCACACACGUUUCCCUUUAAGGACUUGUACCCAUCCAGGUUGGUUUUGGUGGGUUUGUUGCCCUCCCUCUGCCCCGUCGCUGGAAGGGCCUCCUACAGCCACGUCGUAAACAGGGUUUCCUGCCUUGUCACGUCCAGCCCUGUGCCCACCAGCCCACAUGCUUAUCUCCCUGUUUCCACCACACGCCAGGCUGCACCGUAACAGCUGGUACAGGCCAGGGCGGAGGGGCUCACGAAGGUGGCCACACACACACACGCACACACACACACACACACCGGAGCGCACGUGCAUGCUGACACACAUGGUUCCCACACAGGACUGCACCCAUUUGCACACGAAUGCCUCCUGGAAGGGCUGUUGUGAGAACGGCAGUGCUGAGGCGAGUGGCAGGGGUACUCCCAAACGCACUGAAAAUGACAGCACCCCUGCCUUCCUCACACCACAGAGCUGGGAGAGGCCGAUACUGGCCCCACUGCCCUCCAAUGCUCUGGGCUAUGCCUUGGGGCUCUUGGGUUUGGGUAACUCUAUUUCUGACACUCUGGAGUGGCUGGUGUGGUAGCAGCCACUCAAGGUGGGCUACGUCCCAGGAUCCAUCUUCUCAAAUGUCUACGAUAGCUGUUCCCCCAGCAGGGUGCGACUGGGGGUGGGACACGGGCCAGGUUUCGGAUGCUAAGGAAAGAGCUAGCUCCUCCCUCAUGUAGACAACCUAUGCACCGGUGUGUGUGUCUGUGUGUGCGUUUGGUGGCAGGUGGGAGGUGCGUGGGCAAAAGACAAUGUUAGAAGCCCCCCAGGCCACGGCCAAGAAACAUGGACACACAAGUAAGGACUGUAUUCUGCCCUGGGGUUGGGCAUACAUAUGUACGGGGUGUGGGCAGAUUGUGUCCCAGGGUCUUACUUCACGGGAAAUGUGUGUGUGUGUGUGUGUGUGUGUGUGUGUGUGUGUGUGUAAGAGGCAGAGAACGUAGACGUGACCUGGAAUAGUUACUCUCCCCACCCCCGCCCCAGCUCAGAUAGCCAGCUUCUUCCCUACUUGGCUGUUGGAGCCCCACCUGUGUGUGGCCCACACGUGUAACCCAAGGUGGCCUGGCCUGGGGAGGGCCUCUGGCUGCCCGCCACUCCCAGAAUGCCCUUCUGCAGGGCGGCAAGUUUGCCCAUGUCUGACUGCAGCCCUCCUGCUCCUUCUCAGGCUUCUUUGAGACCGGCCGAGCCGCCCCAUUUCCUCUUGCUGCCCAGCCAGGACCCUCUUUCAGCCCAGGUGUUUCUGGAAUUCUCACAGCCUAGGGGCUGCAAGGAGAAGGGUGGGGCCAUGGCUGGAGUGAGGCCACUGCCUCCUCGAGUGGUAGUGGUUCUCUAGCUGCCCAUCUCUGGGCCUCAGUUGGACUGGAGGGACCCCGAGGGUCUGCUAUGCCCCAAUUUCCACAAGUCCCGUGCUCGUUGUUUGCUUGGUGGCUGCUGUAUCUGUGUGUGUCCUGGAGUGUUGUCUGGGGGCUAGUGUCUUUUGCAUGUUCUCAGAGGAGUGUGUGCUGCCCACCCUUCCCACACCUACAACCACGUGUGCCCCGUGGGUGGUCCCGGGCCUGGCCAGGGCUCGUUGCUUCCCUUCCCCCUUCUCCCUAGCCCUGCCUCUCACGAAGCACACUGCGCGUGUCCAUCCCAUGUGCCUGUGGGUUGACGCACACUCUUGCCACGCCUUGAGCGUGUGUACAUGAUGUGUUCUAUGCAUUUACCCUGCCCCCCCCGCCUGCCCCGCAAAGGACAAGAUGGGUGGCCCCCGGCUCCCUUCUCCCCCACCUGCCCCUGCCCGCUGUGCAGCCGUGUGCGUUGGCGUGUGUUUCCGUGUCGCUGGCGUGUCACGUGAUGUAGCCGUGUUUGCUGACAUGAGCCCCUACCCCUUCUGUUUCUCCAUUGGUUUCUAGAGCUCUUUUCCUCCCCGGAGGGGACAGGACUCUCGGGGCCUGGCUGGGGGCCCAGAGCCAGGCCACCCUCUCCUGUUAGCCCUCAGAGACCCAUUUCUCUCUAUUGGUGACCAAGUUGCAAAUGGAUAAAACACAGGAAAAUUCUGCCCUCUCUCCCCAGCCCUGCAUGUCCUGUCCCCAGAGCCCCCCACCCCCACCCUGGGCCGGGUCGGGCCCCGUGGGACGGGAGAAAUAGCAACCAAUCCAACAGCGGGCAUGCUGCGUGCUGACUUC